AUGGCGUCCCUCCUCGUCUCCCCCCCUGCAGGCGAGCGUAUCUCCCAGAUCCUCCCCACCGUCAAGUGCUCCUCCUGCUCCCAGCCCGUGAGCAUCACAGACCUCGGCGACCAUGUCUGUGCCCCCGCCCCCGCUCCCCCGCCCCAGAUGCCUGCACUCCGGCCACCGCAGUCUCCCCGAUCCGUCGCCGCCCUCCUGCCCGCCAAACUUCAGACCCUCGUCUCUGCUGCACCUCCUCCCGCCGGGCCACCCGCUGGCCACCCCUCCGCUCGUAAGUCUUCGCUUGCACCCGCCCCCGCGCCCCCGAAGAGCCCUUCUCCGUCCAUGCACCACCCGAGUUCUCCCCUCCGCUCCCGCGCCCUCUCCUCCGCCUCCUCCCUCUCCUCCCGCUCUGCCGACAGCCGCCCCGAGCGUGGCCCCAGCCCUCUCGGCCGCAGCGACGGCCGCCCCAGCAUGGACUCUUCUCCGCUUUCGCCUUCCACCCCCGGUCCCGCCGGCCCAUCCCGCGUGCCUUCUCCCAAUCCACCCACCCCCAGCACCGCCCGAAGCAACUACGGCGGUCCUCCGCCAGCACCCGCACCGCCGUCCGGCGGCGGCGGCGUGCGCUCCCGCGCCCCUUCGAACGCGAGCAUGCACUCCCUCGCUGGCCGCGCACGCGCAGGCACCAACAUGAGCGCGCGCCCGCCCCCGUCACCUCUUUCACCCUCACCCGCCGACCCGGACGUGAUUUACUCGACCGGUCCGGCCCGCAUGCGCGCCCCGUCCAACGCGAGCCAGCUGCGCCCGUCGAUGGACCAGGUGCGCCGCCCGUCGGGCGACGGCUUCCGCCCGGGCGCGGACCGCAUGCGGAGCCCUUCGAUGGAGAGCCAGCGCCCCCCGUUCGCGGCAGGCGGUCCGCCCCCGCCGCUCAGGUCGCCCGCGUCGCCGUCGCCGAUACGCUCUCCGACGAUACCCGAACCUGACACGAAGACGGGCGGGGAGGCCGGCAUGGCCGGGGUCGGACGGAGGGGGUUCGCCGCCGCCGCGAGGGCGGCGAUGUUCAUGUCCAUGGGUCCUCCACCGCUGGGGCCCGGGCCGAUGGGGAUGAGCGCGUUGCAGGAGCCGGGGCAGGGCAUGGACGGAAAGCGGGCGAACGCGCCGCGGUUUCUGGACAUCGCGUCCGCGACACGAUACGCUGCGUCGGCCAACACUCCGCCCUUGUCGCCCGGCUCGGGCACCGCCUCGAUCUCCCCACACUCGCCGUACUCGCAGAGGAGCCCGCUCAUGAGCGGCCCACCGUCGCCCGCGGUGCGGGCGGUGACGACGCCCGUCGCGAACUCGCCGGUCGUCCAGCUCCAGGCACGGGACUCGCGUGUACCUGAGAGCGCCGAGAAGGACCGGACGCCGGUGCGGGAUUCGCGAACGACGGUGCAAGACGACGACGACGACGACCUGGACGACGAGCUCGCGCGGGUGCCGUUCGUCGAGAAGCUGAAGGCGAACAUGCCCGAGCUCGCCCUCGACACGGUUACGGCUGCCAAGUCUACCGAGCCGGCGCCUUUAUCGCCCACGGACUCGGACAGUGACUAUGGCGGAUUAGCCUAUGCGGAUUCUGACGGCGACGACGAUGACGACGACAAGCCCAACGGCGUGCUCGGGAUGAGCGAUGUGCCCCUGAGCACCUCCCCACAGCCUAUCGGUCAGGCUAACGACGCCGGGCCGCCGCCCCCGCCGCUGAAGGGAGAGGGCAAGGUCCGGUUCCCGUCGCUCGCUGCCAACACCGAGUCGCGCUACUCCUCCUCCUCCUCCGCGACGACGACCAUGGACUCGCCCGCGAACGCGAUGAAACGCAGCCUGUCCGCGUCCACCGCACGCACGAUCGCCAAGUCGACGGGCGCGAUCGACCGCGUGAUGGAGACGCUGCUCGAGGACGCCACCGCGAGCACGAGCACGGCCUCCCCACGUCCUUUCGCGGAUUCACAGCGCGACAGCCUCACCAAGAGCCCGAAGCUUCCCAUGCGCGCACACACGAGCCCGACGAUGUCCUCCUCCAGCCGCGGCGAGCGCGGCGCGAGCAGGCACAAGGCGUGCGUCCGCUGCGAGAAGCGCAUCGACGACGGCCGGUGGAUCGCGAUGGAGGGCGGGAGCGUGCUGUGCGACCGGUGCUGGAAGAACAUGUACUUGCCCAAGUGUCGGCGCUGUAACAAAAACAUCGAAAAGGCAGCGGUGUCCUCGUCGGACGGACAGCUCAAAGGCAAGUGGCACCGGGAGUGCUUCAGUUGCUUCACAUGCGAGAAACCGUUCCCGGACAAGAGCUUCUACGUGUACGACGGCAAGCCGUUCUGCGCCUACCACUACCACGAGGCCAACAACUCGCUCUGUCGCGCGCCCAAGUGCGGGGAGCCGGUCGAAGGCCCCUGCGCGGUCUCGCACGCCGGCGCACGCUACCACCCGGAGCACUUCGUGUGCGAGCACCCGCGCUGCGGCGAGCGUCUGCUCGAGUACUACGAAGUCGACGGCCGCUUCUUCUGCGACCGGCACGCGCAGAGCGAGCUCGAGCAGCAGUUCGAGGACGACGACGCGAGCGACUACGGCGACGAUCCCGACGAGCACGUGCACCACACGCCGACGCUGAACAAGCGGGUGACGCGCUUCAUCGACCUCGGCUCGCUCAACAACAUACUCUAG